AUGUGUGAAGUUGAUAGUUAUGGUCUUGGAUAUAAACUGAACGAAGAGCCUUUGUUCAGCAAGGUCUUCCAUGGCACUCUCUCUGACUCGAUGUUCUGCGAAGACUGCGGACACCGGUACGACCGAGAACAGUCCUUUUCCGCAAUCAACAUACCGACGUCCGCCGGCGACCUGGUGGAAGCUCUGAAACAGUAUGUGCAAGAAGAGGUGCUAGACGGCGAAAACGCCUAUUUCUGCGAACGGUGUCAACUGAGGCAGCGCACCGUCAAACGACUCACAUUCAACAGCCUUCCCCCUGUUCUGUGUCUGCAGUUGAAACGUUUUGGCUUCGACUGGGAUCGUCAAAUGUCUGUCAAGUACAAUCAAUACUUUUCGUUUCCGCGCAAACUUGAUAUGUCACCAUUUUCAGGAGACCCAGUUUUGGUAAGAACACUCGCCUUCAAGCUGCCUUUUACUUUUCGGAUGGUUUACCCAGGUGGACAAUAG